AUGCCUUGGAGACGAAAACAUUUCAGCAACAGAAGAAUCGAUAUACUGGGGGAGAUAAAGUCCCAGAAGCUUCUAGUGUUGCCAUAUUUUUAACAAACCUGGAUACUCGAGACUUCAACCGCCUCCCCGAAGUGCCUUUCCGCUGUUACUCGCCAAGAUGCCCAAAGGAUUCCUGGUAAAAAGAAACAAGAAAUCUGCACAUGUUUCCUACAGGACUCGGUCGGACGAUGAUGACCUCCAGGAGCCACCAGCUGCCUUGCCGAGUCAUGUGGACCCCUCCCCGCCGAUGUCCGUGGCGUCCAGUCCGGACCGCGCUGCAGCAUCGCCUGAUUUCACAGCAGCCGACGCGCCCGUGCCAAGACUGGAGAAGCCGGUGCAGUUCGGCAACCCGGAGGCGGUGUGCCAAGCCCUGUACAGCCCCACCCGGCCCAUCAGCAAGGAGCACGACAGGGGAUAUUUUGAGCGAAGUUUCAAUCUGGGCUCGCCUAUUUCUGCCGAGUCAUUCCCGACACCUGCCUCCCUCUCCGGCCUGGACCAUCUCCUGUACGCCCCAGUCGACCUGAAAAUCGGUACCAGCAACAGCAGCCGGAGCGGCACCACCACCACCAGCAGCAGCCUCCCGGCGCCAAGCAACCGGGUCGGCACCAAAAGACCCGCAGCUGACGGCGUAGAGCGCAAAGCGAAACCCGCCUCCAAGAAACCCAAAGCCAUUAGAAAACUCAACUUUGAAGACGAGAUGACGACUUCUCCCGUGCUCGGGCUCAAAAUCAAAGAGGGGCCGGUGGAGGUGAAGCCGAGGGCGCAGUCAUCGGGAGGAAACAAGCCUCUGGGGGAGUUUGUGUGUCAGCUGUGCAAGGAGGCGUACGCGGAUCCCUUCUCUCUGGCGCAGCACAAGUGCUCCCGCAUCGUCAGGGUCGAGUACCGAUGUCCCGAGUGCGAUAAGAUGUUCAGCUGCCCAGCCAACCUCGCCUCUCACCGCCGCUGGCACAAACCGAGGACCAGCGGCGCGCCGGCAAUGCCACCGGCACAGGGCAUCAAACCUGAAAUGGCCAAAAUGCCACAGCUAGGAGUCAAGUCCGACGAAGCCAAAGACAUGAGUGACAGAGACACCCCGAGUCCAGGUCUGUCCGAGUCGGGCUCUGAAGAUGGCUCGUAUGACUGCCAGUACUGCGGGAAGAGGUUUAAGCGACAGGCGUACCUAAGAAAACACAUCAUGGGACACCAGGCCUUGCAAAAGAAAGUGCUGGAGGAGUUUCACACCGGCGAGCGCGCGGCAGAGCAGGCUCCGGUGUUACCCCCCUCCUCUUCCUCCUCUUCCUCCUCAGCAUCUUCAUCAUCCUCAGAGGAAGCCUCAAACCAAAGCCCUCUCAAUCUGAGCCCGGUGGACUGCCUGCUGUGCCCGGUGUGCGGGGAGAGUUUCACCAGCAGGGCCGGCCAGGAGAGACACCUGCGCCUCAUGCACUCCUCCCAGAUUUACCCGUGCAAAUACUGCCCCGCCACUCUGUACAGCUCGCCGGGGCUCACAAGGCACAUAAACAAGUGCCACCCCUCGGAGAACAGGCAGGUGAUCCUGCUCCAAAUGCCGGUGCGCCCCGCCUGCUAAAGACAACACAAAACUUGUGCCUUUCUUUGAUGAGGGGAGAAAUAAAAAAAAGGAGAAACAAAAAAGUGGCUAAAAAAAUUAAAGAGUUUGUGAUGCUCACUGCCAUAACUUUAGGCCAAUGAAAGGCAGGGCGGUUUGAUGUUUAAGUGGUGUUUAAUGAGGUGUCUUUUCCAUGCCAAUCAGUGAUUGUUGAAUGCUUCUCUCUAUAUUUGAAUUAUAUUUUGAGAUUUUCUUUCUCAAAUUAGUUUAUCAAGAAAAAAAGAUACAAAGCGUUAGUUUGACUGUUAAAGGGUAUUUUUCUAGGACAGCACAUGUGUUCAAUGAUAGCUUCUAGACCUAAGAAAUGUCUUAAAAUUCUCAGAUUUUCCCCAUCAGAGCCUUUUCAAUUCACCGACCGUGAUUGCUCUAUCACUGUAGCUUUACGCUGGUUUGUGAAUGACAGAACUUUGUAUUGGUGGGACAAAAAAGAGUGAGUGAAGCAUUCCCUGUUAGUAGAACCACAAAUGCCUUUAGUAUGAUAGUCCGACAUAGUCUAACGUACACAUCCAAAUCCUGCUGUAUAACUGCCUUAAAAAAGUCAACAUAGACUGAUUUAAUUUUGAAUGC